CCCGGGCUGCAGGCGGGUCCCGGGAAGCUGGGUUCCCGGACGGCGGGCGGUGCGGCGCGCGCGGGCGGCCCCGGAGGAGGCCUGGAGAUGUCCUGUGUGCGCCGCCUCCUGCUCACAUCCCUGUUCCCGGCCCUCCUGCUUCACGGGCUGGGAGAGGGCUCUGCCCUCCUUCAUCCAGACAGCAGGUCCCACCCGAGGUCCUUGGAGAAAAGUGCCUGGAGGGCUUUCAAGGAAUCCCAGUGUCACCACAUGCUCAAACAUCUCCACAAUGGUGCCAGGAUCACUGUGCAGAUGCCGCCUGCCAUCGAGGGCCACUGGGUGUCCACCGGCUGUGAGGUGCGGUCAGGCCCCGAGUUCAUCACCAGGUCCUACCGGUUCUACCACAACAACACGUUCAAGGCCUACCAGUUCUACUACGGCGGCAACCGCUGCACCAGCCCCACCUACACGCUGGUGGUCCGCGGCAAGAUCCGCCUGCGCCAGGCCUCCUGGAUCAUCCGCGGCGGCACCGAAGCUGACUACCAGCUGCACCGCGUACAGGUCGUGUGCCACUCAGAGGCCGUGGCGGAGCGGCUCGGCCAGCUGGUCAACCGCACGUGCCCUGGCUUCGCGCCCGCUGGUGGUCCCUGGGUGCAGGACGUGCCCUACGACCUGUGGCGGGAGGAGGGCGGCCGCGAGUGCACCCGGGCCGUGAACUUUGCCAUGCACGAGCUGCAGCUGGUCCGCGUGGAGAAGCAGUACCUGCAGCACAACCUGGACCGCCUGGUGGAGGAGCUCUUCCUGGGUGACAUCCACACUGACGCCUCCCAGAGGAUGUUCUACAGGCCGUCCAGCUACCAGCCCCCGCUGCAGAAUGCCAAGAACCACGACCACGCCUGCAUCGCCUGCCGCAUCAUCCACCGGUCGGACGAGCACCGGCCGCCCCUGCUGCCCCCCAAGGCUGACCUGACAGUGGGCUUGCACGGCGAGUGGGUGAGCCAGCGCUGCGAGGUGCGACCCGAGGUCCUCUUCCUCACGCGCCACUUCAUCUUCCACGACAACAACCACACCUGGGAGGGGCACUACUACCACUACUCCGACCCCGUGUGCAAGCAUCCCACCUUCACCAUCUACGCCAAGGGUCGCUACAGCCGCGGCGUGCACUCCGCCAGGGUCAUGGGCGGCACGGAAUUUGUGUUCAAAGUGAACCACAUGAAGGUCACCCCCAUGGACGCGGCUACUGCCUCGCUCCUCAAUGUCUUCAACGGGAACGAGUGCGGGGCCGAGGGCUCCUGGCAGGUGGGUGUCCAGCAGGACGUGACCCACACCAAUGGCUGUGUGGCACUGGGCAUCAAACUACCUCACACGGAAUACGAGAUCUUCAAGAUGGAGCAGGAUGCCCGUGGCCGCUACCUGCUCUUCAAUGGCCAGAGGCCCAGCGACGGCUCCAGCCCGGACAGGCCCGAGAAGAGAGCCACAUCCUACCAGAUGCCCUUGGUCCAGUGUGCCUCCUCGGCGCCCAGGGCUGAGGACUUCUCUGAGGACUCCGGGCAGCAUCAGCACCGGAGCUGGGCACCCGGGAGCGGCCCGUGUCCCCUGCUGCUGUCUGGGCUCGCUGGCCUUUGGACUCUGCAGCCCUGGCACAGUCUUGGAUAGAAGCGCUUACAGAGUUUGAUUUUUCCAAACCAGGAUGCCUUACAAUUUACAGAUUUUCUUUACAAAAAGAAAAGACACUUCUUCCUCGGAUGCACUUGAGCAGCUGAGAACAGUUCUCCUCCCCCGCCUGGCCCCCGCCCGCCUGGCCUGAGUCAUGAGCUGUUUGAAGUUUUGGCUUUGAACUCCAUCCAGUCGGAUCCCGGGCCUGGGCGUCCUCACCAUAUAAUUGCACUUUAAGACCGCAGAGAGUUUCAGGCGAGCAUGUUGGCAGAGGGAGCAGGGUGAGAGCUCCAUCUUCUUUUCUUCCUCUUCAUUAUUAUUGCAUUUCGGGGGGAACUUAGGAGAAACAAAUAUCAGCUUCAGCUUUUCCUGCUGCUUCACUGCGGUUACUUUCUGCUCCUUUGAACCUGUUUCACUCUCCGAGUUUUCCAACCUGGAAUGCAGUGCAGAGUUGGUUUGGGACUGCAAUCCAGACACCUUUGAUUAAAUAAAGAAGAGAUAGUGGUGCAGGAAGACACUGGUGUAACGGAACCAUCUUGACAGCUUUAUGCAAAAAGAGAGCAAAUCCACACUUUCAAAUGUUGAAAAGUAUCUGUAAUUAAAGUUUCAGAGUCAUUUAAACGUUGGUUGUUUUAACUUGUUGGGAGAUGUUGGUGCUGGUCUCUGGGUGGCUGCAGGAUGCACACUGUUCUUACCUGCCCGGGGGGACAGGGUGGUGGAGUACGUGUCAGAUGGAGGCUGUCCCGCUACAGACGGACAGGAGCAGCAGUGCAGGGAGAUUGACGGUGCGUGAUGGUGACCCGAGUGACGCAGUGCCCAUUCGGUCUGGCCUCCUCUCCGUGGGACCCCAUCCCAGCUCACGUCGUGUCUGGAGCUUCACUCUGCCAUCUCUGUCACUUCAAAGACCAAGACUCAGAGGCCACGCGUGGGCGCCAUGGGCCUGGCUCUGCAGAGAAGGUGGUGGGGGGAUCCUAGCCGGGUGCCCCACGAGACCAUCCACCCUCCUCACAGGACAGGCCGGCCCAACCCGGCUCUGUCACUGCAGAGGGUCUCAGGGCGCCUUCUAUAGUCUGUGAGCGUGCGUGAGUCACGUCUGCGUGUCACUUUGGAUUAUUACAAAUGGUGCGCUCAGGACGCCAAAGGUGGUUGCCAGGGGAGACCGAUGGAGGGAAAUGGUGAGUAACCGACAGAAAGCCUGGACAUAACUAAAGACCAGUGUGGAAACCACGGUCAAGGUCUAGAGUCACACCUAUAUUUAAGAGUUAUCUUUACGAGAUGCUGUGAUGUUAAGUUAUAAGUGGGGCGUGGAGGACCACAGUGCUUUAUCUCUAGAUGAUAUUUUACAUUGUGGUUGAGGGGUUUUAUUCAAAUGAAAGUACUAACUUAAUGUCUGCCAAGUUUAAUAAACAGAGAUGUCAAAAAUACUCCCACAAUACACAUUUUACCUG